UUCCUUCCUUCCUUCCUUCCUUUCUUCCUUCCUUCCUCUCUUUCUUCCUUUUUUCCUUCCUUCCUUCCUUCCUUUUUUUCUUCGUUUUACGAUCGAUUGAAAAACAUUCUCCUCUCCAAAAAUAUUCCUAUCGUCGAGGCCAAUGUGCUCGGAGCCGGUCUAGCGAGCGAAUCAAAAAAUGCAUCGAAGAAUGCUGCAUGAUAUUGUAUGCAAAUCGAUAGACUAGCUUGUAGGCGCAUCAUUGAAGCGAAACAUUCGACAUAUGCGAGUAAAUCGUUCGUCACCUCGUUAAAAAUAAAAUCGUUUGAAUUUGAUGAGAUAUAAUACGAAAUUUGAAAGUGUCAUUCCAAGCAUCGUCGCACAAAUUUUUUUCAAAUCUAGCUUCGGGUCUCAACUGCAAAUCGAGGUUUACGAGAUGUCGCGGGUAGGGGUGUCGAGGGGGCUGUUGGGAGAGAUAUAUAGGGAGAGAGAAAGAAUGAGAAAAGAAGAGAAUUUCUACCAGCGCGUUGUUCUAUCGACGUGCUACACUCCCAUAUUUUCUGCCUCUUUUUUCCUUUUCUCUCUUUGUCUUCCGUUCGAACGAAGGUCAGAUUUAAGCUAAGAGAGGGUGUGCCUCCCUGACAAAUUUUUGACACUUAACAAACUCAUCGCAUUUAGUUUCAUACUCGGUUAGAUAAAAGGAAACAGAAUCGUUUCAUUGAAGUUUAUCGACUGCGUAUUGUCUUGUUCUUUUUGUACUCUACGUAGAAUGAGCACAAACAGAACUCGAACGAACCGAUGCAUCGCGCAUUUUAAUUCGCACAAAGUGCACAGAUGGAAAUCAAUGUAUGCUUUGACAAAAAGAAGAUAGACAGAGAAAAGACAUUCCUUCUUCGGUAAUCACAUCGCUGCGCCGCGGCUACCGUGAUGUUCGUCAACCACGCGGAUUAUUAUUGUCCCUACGAACAACAAAGCCAAGGACGGUCUUUGAUCUUCCUUUUUCUCAACAACGAGCUCCCUUUGUUCGCGGUCGGUGUCUUCGCGAAGCAAUUUGUUUUUUCCUUUUUCUUACAAAAGAAGAGUUCUCUUUUCGUAAAAAAAAGUACAUAUACUUAAAUAUUUACAUUAUAAAAUAAUUCGAAAUGCAGUCUCGAGAGAGCAGACAUAUUAAUGUCAUCGUUUUUUCAACGAAAUUUAUCGUUGGAAAAGGAACGGGAAAAAAUUUCAAGUACCUUCGUCACAUUGUGAGUGAUUUACUCGGUUACGUUCUUCGCAAGUAUGCUUUUUGAACGCGUUUCAAAGUCCUUUCUCGUCGAUUACCUGCGCAUCGAUUUGGCUUGGACUCGUCUUCGUUCGUAAGAGGUAUAAAAAAGAUAAAGAAAAAAAAAGAGAACGAGAGAGAUAAUACGGGCAAGUCUACAAAGACGAUGGUGAUUCACAAUGAUGAUUCUCGGUGAUAUACCGCGAACAAUUUACCGAUAUUCAUUUUUUUCGUACAAAACAAUGAUUUUACUAUUCGAAUUGAUUGGGGGAGAAAAGAAAAAAGCAAUCGGAAUUAUCGUUCGAUGCCGUUUGAAGCUCGUAUUGAGUUAUGAGAUUCCUCGUUAGUUUCCUUUCGCAUUCCUCCUCGGAGAUUAGAUGUUACGGUAAAUUCUAGGAUUCUGAGCUGAGAGAACUCAUCGAUCGUCACCUAUCUUCACAUAUGUAUAUAUAUAUAUAUGUAUGUACCCUACCGGGUAAACCGGUCGGUCAUUUUAGAUCGUUCCCGCCGUUUGCCGUGGCAGUCGGAUAGAUAACUUGCCCCCGCUGGAUUUUUUUUGUCUUCCAAAUUAAACCAACCAAUCGCAUGUAGUCGAGGAAGAUUCACCAUUCGCGAGAUCCAGAGAGGCGCGUCGAUCAUCGUUCGAGAAGGACGUUCCUGUCAUCGGCUUAAAGCAGAUUUGAAUCGAUUGUCGAGAUUGAGUGCUCAUAAGUGUUUCGUUGCUUUAUUUAAAUACAUUUUAAUCUAGAUUCUCGACAAUGCGUAAGAUUAAAUCAUGAUGUGCUCGCUCAUAAUUCGUUCUUCGAAAUUUCCAUAAACUCUUAAUCUAUUAUAUUUUCACAGAUAGAUAAGAAGCAAGUGGAACAUUAACUAAACCACACUACGUCUUUGAGAAUGACGCCCUCGACGAUGAAACUCUUAUUUUUCCUUUCCGUUUUUACAGUCUGCUUGGUCUACGCAUCUGCGGAUACGAACGCCAGAGUUGUUUGUUACUUCAGCAACUGGGCGAUAUAUCGACCUGGCGUUGGAAGUUACGGCAUCGACGACAUCCCAGGGGAAUUAUGCACACACGUGAUCUAUUCCUUCAUUGGUGUGAGCAAUGUUACCUGGGAGGUACUUGUCUUGGACGAGAAGCUCGACGUUCAGAAGGGUGGCUUCAAAAAUUUCACCCAACUCAGACAGAAGUAUCCUCAUCUGAAAACUGAAGUUGCGCUCGGCGGUUGGGGUGAAGGUGGCAAGAAAUAUAGCAACCUCGUUACGGUGAAACAACGCAGAGAUACCUUUAUAAAGAGUGUCGUUGAUUUCAUGUACAAAUACGAGUUCGACGGUUUUGAUCUCGACUGGGAAUACCCUAGUGCUACGGACAGGGGUGGCAAAUUCUCCGAUAAGGACAAUUUCUUCUACUUCGUUGAGGAACUUAAACGUGCUUUCGAUAAAGAAGGAAAAGGAUGGGAGAUCACAAUGGCCGUACCUAUGGCCAAGUUCCGUCUCGACGAAGGUUAUCACGUUCCAGAAUUUUGCAAGUACCUCGACGCGAUACAUGUUAUGUCUUACGAUCUUCGUGGAAACUGGGCUGGAUUUGCUGAUGUCCAUAGUCCCCUUUACAAGAGACCGCACGACAGUUAUGCGUAUGAAAAACUCAAUGUGCACGACGGUCUUUUGCUUUGGGAGGACAAAGGAUGCCCAGCGAACAAAUUGGUCGUAGGUGUGCCUUUGUACGGUCGUACAUUCACACUUUCGCGUGGCAACACGAAUUACAAUCCAGGAACCUAUAUAAACAAGGAAGCAGGUGGUGGUGAUCCUGGCCCGUACACACAAGCUAGAGGAUUCUUAGCAUAUUACGAGAUUUGCACGGAAGUAAAUAAUCCAAAAUCAGGAUGGACAAAGAAAUACGACUCCAUUGGAAAGGUACCUUACGCUUACAAGGAAACACAGUGGGUUGGUUAUGAGGAUGCCGACAGUGUUAAGAUAAAGAUGGACUUUAUUAGGGAAAACAGCUAUGCCGGUGCUAUGGUUUGGGCAAUAGAUAUGGACGAUUUCACUGGUCUCUGCGGAGAAAAGAAUCCUCUCAUGAAAGUAAUUCACGAUGGCAUGAAGGGAUAUAAGGUCCCUAAGAAAGAGCAUCACUCUACGCCUACCCCUGAUUGGGCAAGACCACCAAGCACGACGAGUUCCACGGGAGGUUACAGCACGAGGGACACUGAAGAAACAACUCGCCCAACUGUGCCAAUAAAUCCAGGCUCCUCUUCUAAACCACCAAUCGAUGAUAAUGAAAAUGUUGUUUGCAAAAGCGAAGAAUACAUUCCUUCGAAAAAUUGUGCUAUGUACUAUCGAUGCGUCUUCGGAAUUCCGCAAAGGCUUCAAUGUCAACAUGGUUUAGUCUUCCACACUAGCAUGCAUGUUUGCGUCUGGUCUCAAAACGCCGACCGCGAAGAGUGCAGAACUCAAUAAAUGAAUCAAUGAUAUUUUAGUAUAGAAUAUAAGAAGAAAUUACACUCUUUUGUAUAAAGGGGCUGGGAGAAGGGAGGAAAAAAGAAAUACCUAUCGAAUAAUAAAAUUUUUACGCGUA